AUGAAGUGUGCUUUACUGUCCGCCAUCUUGGACGACCCAAUGGAGUGCAGUCGUGGGGAGCGUUUGGCGAUCACGCUGGCCAAGGAGCAGAUCAACCGCUCCAGCAACCGGUCAACCACGGGCAAGCUGGAGAUCGACAUCUUCGAACUGCUGCGGGACAGCGAAUACGAGACGGGGGAGACCAUGUGCCAGAUCCUAUCCAAAGGGGUGGUCGCUGUAUUAGGGCCCUCCGCCAGCCCUGCUUCCAACUCCAUCAUCAGCAAUAUUUGCGGAGAGAAAGAGGUGCCGUACGUGAAGGUGGCUCCUGAGGACAUCCUGAAGGUGCAGUUCCCGCGCUUCACCACACUGGACCUGCGGCCCACCAACACGGACGUCAGCCUGGCUGUAGCCGGCCUCCUCACCUUCUUCAACAGCUCGUCCUCAUGCCUCAUAUGCGCACAGGCAGACUGUCUCCUAAAUCUGGAGCGGUUGCUUCGUCAGUUCCUGAUCUCCAAGGAGACCUUGUCGGUGCGCAUGCUUGACGACAGCCACGACCCCACGCCGCUCCUGAAGGAGAUCCGCGACGACAAGACGGGCACCAUCAUCGUAGACGCCAACGCCACCAUGUCACACAUCAUCCUCGAGAGGGCCUCAGAGCUGGGGAUGCUGUCAGUCUACUACACCUACAUCUUCACGUCACUGGAGUUCACCAUGCUGCGUCUGGACGACGUGGCUGACCAGCGCGUCAACAUCCUGGGCUUCUCGGUCUUCAACGCCACGCACCCCUUCUACCCCGACUUCCAGCUCAGCCUCAACCGCUCCUGGCAGGAGAACUGCGACCACGCGCCCUUCGCAGGCACACCGCUGUCGUCGGCGUUGCUGUUUGACGCGGUGCAUGCGGUGGUGGCGGCCGUACAGGAGUUGAACAGGAGUCAGAACGUGGGAGCCACGCAGCUCUCCUGCAAGUCCUCCAAGAUCUGGGAACACGGCACCAGCCUCAUGAACUACCUCCGGAUGGUAGAACUUGAAGGCCUUACGGGUCACAUCGAGUUCAACAGCAAAGGACAGCGCUCCAACUACGCCCUACGGAUCAUGCAGAACGCCAAAGACGGCCCGGUUCAGAUUGGCCAGUGGCAUUCGGAACAGGGGUUGUCUAUGGACAGAAAGCUGCCGUCGCUCAACGUAACAGACUCACUCUUCAACACAACACUCGUCAUCACCACAAUACUGGAAAACCCGUACGUGAUGCUGCGGCCGAACCACCAGGAGCUGGAGGGCAACGACCGCUACGAGGGCUUCUGCGUGGACAUGCUGUGCGAGCUGGCGGACAUCUUGAAGUUCAAGUACCGCAUCAACUUGGUGGGGGAUGGAGUGUACGGGGUGUCGGGAGCCAACGGCACCUGGACGGGGAUGGUGGGCGAACUGAUGACCCGGAAAGCGGACCUGGCGGUGGCAGGCCUAACCAUCACAGCUGAGCGCGAGAAGGUCAUCGACUUCAGCAAGCCAUUCAUGACCCUAGGCAUCAGCAUCAUGUACCGCGUACAUAUAGGUCGGAGGCCAGGCUACUUCUCCUUCCUGGACCCCUUCUCCCCGGGCGUCUGGCUCUUCAUGCUGCUGGCCUACCUGGCCGUCAGCUGCAUCCUCUUCCUCGUGGCCAGGCUGACGCCGUACGAGUGGUACAAUCCCCACCCGUGCCUGAAGGGGCGCUGCAGCCUGCUGAUCAACCAGUACUCGCUGGGCAACAGCUUCUGGUUCCCCGUGGGGGGGUUCAUGCAGCAGGGCUCCACCAUCGCCCCCCGCGCCCUCUCCACGCGAUGCGUCAGCGGAGUAUGUACGGUUAACAGGUGGGCGUUUACGUUGAUCAUCAUCUCAUCCUACACGGCCAACUUGGCGGCCUUCCUGACGGUGCAGAGGAUGGAGGUGCCCAUCGAGUCCGUGGACGACCUGGCCGACCAAACCUCCAUCGAGUACGGCUCCAUGCACGGAGGGUCCACCAUGACCUUCUUUCAGAACUCGCGCUACCAGACGUACCAGCGCAUGUGGAACUUCAUGCACUCCAAGCAGCCCAGCGUGUUUGUGAAGAGCACGGAGGAGGGCAUCGCCCGGGUGCUGAACUCCAACUACGCCUACCUGCUGGAGAGCACCAUGAACGAGUACUACCGGCAGCGCAACUGCAACCUGACGCAGAUAGGAGGCCUGCUGGACACCAAGGGCUACGGCAUCGGCAUGCCUAUUGGCUCGGUGUAUCGUGAUGAGUUUGACCUGGCGAUCCUGAAGCUGCAGGAGGAGAACCGUCUGGAGAUUCUGAAGAGGAAGUGGUGGGACGGAGGCAAGUGCCCCAAGGAGGAGGACCACCGGGCUAAAGGCCUGGGCAUGGAGAACAUCGGCGGCAUCUUCGUGGUGCUGGUGUGUGGCCUGCUGGUGGCCAUCCUGAUGGCGGUGCUGGAGUUUGUGUGGAUGCUGCGGCGGCAGCCCGGCACAGAGUUCUCGGUGUGCGAGGAGAUGCUGCGCGAGCUGCAGGGUAUCGUCUUGUGUCGCGACAGCCUCCAGCAGCUCCGCCGUCGCCGCGGCGGCAGCCUGAUGCUCAGGCCCCGCCCCCUGGGCCUUGACGAGCGCCGGGCGCGCUACGCCACGGCCACCGCCGCCGCCGCCGCCUCCGCCUCUGCGGCCGCCGCCAGCCUCAGCAACGGCAAGCUGUGCGCCGGCACCGGGCUGCCCGCCGACCUGUCCCACAGACUGCUGGCUCAGGAGGCCGCCCUGGUGGCCAGGGGAUGCAGUCACAUCCGCAUAUGCCCCGAGUGCCGGCGCUUCCAAGGGCUGCGCGUGCGGCCGCCGCCGGGGCCCCCCGGGCUCGGGGUCUCGCCCACGCACAGCGAGGAGAGCCUGGAGUGGGAGAAGACCACCAAUAGCAGUGAACCUGAGUAG